AUGGCUCUCAACGAUGAGGUUGUAGCACUUGUUGUGGACAAUGGCAGCGGUGUGUGCAAGGCUGGCUUUUCCGGUGACGACGCACCGCGGUCAGUGUUCCCGUCCAUCAUCGGCCGGCCCAAGAUGCCUGGGAUCAUGGUUGGCAUGGACAUGAAAGACCACUGCGUAGGGGACGAGGCGCAGACCAAGAGGGGCGUGCUCACGCUGAAGUAUCCCAUCGAGCAUGGCAUCGUGACAAACUGGGACGAUAUGGAGAAGAUCUGGCAUCACACGUUCUACAACGAGCUGCGGUGCUCACCGGAAGAGCAUCCAGUGCUCUUGACAGAAGCGCCGUUGAAUCCCAAGGCCAACCGAGAGCGAAUGACGCAGAUCAUGUUUGAGACCUUCAACGUUCCAGCCAUGUACGUCGCCAUCCAAGCCGUGCUGUCCUUGUAUUCUUCUGGCCGAACCACGGGCAUUGUCAUGGACAGCGGUGAUGGCGUCAGCCACACGGUGCCCAUCUACGAGGGCUAUGCGCUACCCCAUGCCAUCCUGCGAUUGGAUCUGGCUGGCCGUGAUCUCACGGAGUACAUGAUGAAGAUCCUCACGGAACGAGGCUACGCUUUCAACACCACUGCAGAGAGGGAGAUCGUGCGCGACAUGAAAGAAAAGCUUUGCUACGUUGCGAUCGACUUCGACAGUGAGAUGAAGGCUUCCUCCGAAAGUAGCGACAAGGAGAAGACGUAUGAGUUGCCAGAUGGCAACAUCGCCGCAGUGGGCAAUGAGCGUUUCCGCUGUGCCGAGGUUCUUUUUCAACCAAGCUUUGUGGGCAAGGAGGCCAUGGGCAUCCAUGACACAACCUUUCAGUCCAUCAUGAAAUGCGAUGUGGAUAUCAGGCGAGAUCUGUACGCCAACAUUGUGCUCUCAGGUGGCACGACCAUGUUCCCGGGCAUCGGAGAGCGCAUGACCAAGGAGCUGACUGCACUUGCGCCCGCCACCAUGAAGAUCAAGGUUGUGGCCCCGCCUGAGCGAAAGUACAGUGUGUGGAUUGGCGGAUCCAUUCUGUCCUCUCUGAGCACCUUCCAGCAGAUGUGGAUCUCCAAGGGGGAGUACGACGAGAGUGGCCCCACCAUCGUCCAUCGCAAGUGCUUUUGA